CUUGCAGGUACAGACAACAGGACUCUCUCAGUCAGGUCCAUCGUGGGGGUUCAGGGAGGCCAGAGACCUCUCUGGACUCCCCUCCAUUUUCCCAGCCAGCUCCAAACUGAAAACUCUCCAGCCCCUCCUCUGCCUUUUUCUCUUUCCUGGGCCAGGAGGUCACCUGAUCUCUUUGUUCUCCAAUACCUUCAGUUGGCACCUUUGCAGAAGAGGGGCUCAGGCCAUCAGUUACCAGGAGACCAGGUGUCAGCCAUUCCCUGUGCAGACAGCAUCACACUGGCCCUGAGGGCUCUGCAACAAUCACACACCCCUAGACACUCGAGAAAUGCAUAGGAAAAACUGAGGCACCCACACAGCACUCAGAGAAAACAUUAAGAACAUUCCCACUUUGUCCCAGCCACCCAGCUGGAUACCGGAGCCACAGGGCAGCACAGCCGGCAGGGACCUAGCACCACCCAGCCGGAUACCAAAGCCAUGGGGCGGCACAGCCAGCAGGGACCUGGCACCACCCAGCCGGAUACUGGAGCCACGGGGCGGCAUAGCCGGCAGGGACCUGGUACCACUCAGACGGAUACCAGAGCCACGGAGCGGCACAGCUGGCAGGGAGCCAGAGCCGCCCAGCCGCUUACUGGAGCCACGGGGGGGUACAGCUGGCAGGGACCUGGCAUCACCCAUUCAGAUACCGAAGCCACAGAGCGGCACAGCUGGCAGGGAGCUAGAGCCCUGCUGAACCAAUCAGCGCGGCCGCAGGCAGCCGCUGACUUCCGGGAAGAGGGCGGCUGGGGCCGGGCCGUGGAGCUGGAGUUGGAGGCUGUGGUGGGGGAUGUCCCAGAAGAAUCCAUCCGUUUGCAGGAUCUCCCCAGACAGAUGGUUGUCAAGGAGAUCUUCACCUCCAUCCUGCGGGAGAUCCGAGAUGAGGUCAACCUGCCACUGCCUACCCUAAGCCAGCCAGUGCUGCUGGGCAUCGCUCGGAACCAGACCAGCGCAGGUCGGGCCAGUGCUGAGUUCUAUGUCAGGUGCAGUCUGACGUCGGAGCAGGUGAAGCAGAGAUAUGAGAUCGGGGGCCCUGAAGCUCAGGAAUCCACCAGCAUCAUCUUUAUCAAGAGAGAGGACGUCCUGACUCUGGAGCAGACUGGAGAGAUGUGGAGGGAGCUGUGCCCGUCUGCCAAGGGGGCUGUCAGACUCUACACCCUGGUGCAGGGUGGGGGGCAGUGACAGGAAGGGGACUGACCCCCCCCCCGGCCACCAUGGGGGCUUCUCUGUGCCACACUAGGCAUCAACAGACCCUGCAAGCUCUCUGCACAUGCCAGCCCUAUGUUGUGGAGCCAGCAGGAGGGGGAUCACUGCAGGACCGACUCACCUCUCCAGGGGCAGGGCCCAAUUCUGGCUGUUUUAGCCAUGGCUGUUGAGAACCCAUCUCCCAAUAAAGAACUUAUUAUUUGACAGCA